CGAGGCCGGAACAGGCAUCGCUGGCGGAUCGCCGAGCGAUCGAUCCAUCCCACGCCGCCUGUGCCCAAGGGGGGAGCAGAUAAUGCAGGCAUUAUGAGAUAGAGAGAUAAGGAAGAGUAUGCUUUCUAGGAUAAAAUUGAUCUCCUGAAGUUUUGGGCUUCUGAUACGUCGCAGCCAUCAUGGCGCUUCCUCCGCCAGACCCACAGUAUGUUCUACGGGGAACCAACGAUGCGGUCAACAGCCUGUGUUUUCAUUGUAGGGACCCCAAUUUGGACCAGCCCCUUCUUUUCUCUGGAUCUUCCAACGGGUUGGUUCAUAUUUGGAAUUUGAAGACCCGCAGAGUGGACACCGUGCUGGAUGGACACGGUGGAAAAUCAGUGUACUGGGUGAAAACUUUACAAAACAGAAGAAAUGUACUUCUCAGCCAGAGCCGUGAUCAGAACAUCUGCCUGUGGGAUUUAGCGGAGGGACGGAACGCUGUCACAGACUCUGUGUUCACGGAGAAUGUUGGGUUCUGCAAGAGCUCGCUCCUGGAGGUGGCGGAGGCCCGGUGGCUCCUGGCCACGGCGUGGAAAGGCUUAGAAGAGGUUCAGGUUUUGGAGCUGCCAUCGAAGAUCUCAGUCUGUACCUUGAAGCCCGGGACAGGUGCCAAACUGGGCCUGCCUCUGUGUCUAAAGCUGUGGCAGUCCAAUGUGGGUUCCUCUCCUUUCCUUCUGGCCGGUUAUGAGGAUGGAUCAGUGGUACUGUGGAAUUUGUCCACGGGGAAAAUGUGGAGCCGCCUGGCGUGUCAUCAGGAGCCAAUCAUGAGCCUUGACUUUGACUCGGAGAAAGCCAAGGGGGCGUCGGGUUCGUCUGAGAAGAUGCUUUGCGUCUGGAGGCAGAACGAGCAGCAGGACCUGGAGCUUCUACAAACCUACCAGCUUACCAACCCUGGCAUUGCGGAGGUGGCUCUCCGCCAGGACGGGAAGAUCCUGGCAACAGCCGGCUGGGACCAUCGCGUCCGCCUUUUCGGCUGGAAGAAGCUGAAGCCGUUAGCCGUCCUGGACUACCACGGGGCAUCUGUCCACUGUGUCGCCUUUUCAGACCACUGCCAGCCCAGCGAGAGACUGAUGGCCGCCGGCUCCAAAGACCACCGGAUCAGCGUCUGGUCAAUAUAUAACCAAACCUGACAGAGAAGGGGAGAUGGAGCGGUCCGGACAGACCAAGGCUUGUGGGAUAAGCCUUGGUUUUGUGAUGGUCCCGAGUGGGUACUUGACAAUGUCAGUGUAUGACCAUUGGCUCUGCUACACUCCUUUGAGUCUUUGCCUGAGAACAAGCCUUAUUGACUGCAACAGGACUCGGAGAUUGGAAAAGUUACCGCUUUCAACUCCAGGUCCUCAAAUCCCCUAGCACUGGGAAGACGUACAUCGGAGUAAAAAAAGGACUGGUGGAACUGUGUUGCAGAGGGAGUUUUGUCACAUAUUGGAAGAGAUGGGUUCCUGGCUAGCUGAUCCAGCCUUUAGUCUCAUCGAAAUCAAUGGGUCAAGUUCAUGGUAACCGCCAUGACGACGCCAUUCAAUUUCAGGGACUGGGUGUGGAUUCCCCCCCAGCUUUUGUAUUCUUAUAGAAUGAGAUUUCCAGGGUUGGGUAGUGAUGGCCUUCCAGAUGUUUGGGGGCUAUGCUUCUCAUCCGCCCUAGGCAGCGUAGCCAAUGAUGAGGCUAGUUUGAAAACAUCUGGAGGGUCAUCGUUGCUCAGAGGUCAGAUUCAGGAUCUACUUUCUUCCAACACAGGGUGGGUGACGGAUGGCUUUCGGAUCGCUUUCUUCAUCCUUGAUUAGGAUGCCUUUGCGCUGCUGGGAGUUACAGUUCAAGAACAUCUGGAUGGCUGGACUUUUCCCACCUUGUACUUAUGGAGGAGCUUGGCUAGGGGGAAGUCCCUCCCACGCUGUUUAUGAAUACUUCCCUCUUCUCUGUAGUUCACCCCUAUUGAGUGGGAUCUCCCAACCCUCUGGAUAGAGUUUUCAGGGAUCUGAAGGGUUUGUGCUUAAAAAGGAGACCGAGGAGGACCAGUUUCUGUCACCUCAGUGCCCUUCCCUAACUCCGAACCCAACCCCAACCCCAUAAAUUCAAAGCAUCCUUUGGCAACCUUCCAUCCUUCUGGGGUGGCAGGGAUCCCAACCCCCCUCGGCCUCUCCCCCUGCCGUCUCCAUCUUAGGACUGCCUUUAAUUUGUUCACACUCCUGUCAGGUUUUCAAACUUAAAUCAGCAGCCAAGAAUGUGGCAGAGGACAGCCUCCAGCAUUUGUGAAUUUCAUUGUCUCCUGUCACCCCAAGCGUUGCAAUUAAUCAGGAGAAAAGGGGUGGGUGGGAAGAGAACGUUUUUUGGCCUAGGAGAUAAGGCGGGUUGUAAAACAAUGUGAGAGUUAUAUUAAGAGGAAUCGUGAUAAAUCCUUACCCUGUUUCUUGAGUAGCCUAGAGAUUUGACUCAAAGGUCCGAUUAAGGGCCGGAAUCCUGUGCGAUAUCCGUGUACAUGCAAGUGGAAUUGCGGGGGCUGCCAUGGCUAAUUGACCUGGUGCAGGUCUCGUGCCUGGUCUUGCCUCCAGUGGUGGCACACACCUGGCACUUCAUCAGCUACCUGUAACAACAUCCACAAUUGGCCAGAGAGCACAUCGUUCCUUCCUGUUGGUCCCCAUCAAAUGUCUGUGAGAAGAAUCUUCCAACAAUGCGGGGCCACCACAGAGAAGCCUCUCCGCUCGCCUGACUCGGAGAGUAUACAGAACUAGAGCAGAGGGCUAUCAGCCUUCCUGCUGACACUUCACUCCAGAUCCAUCUAUGACCUUAUCUGCAGCUUCUUAGAGAUGUGAUCCAGUGGAGUGGAUAAGAUGUGUCUUCAUAGGACCCUGCAGCACAGUUGGAUCCUUUAUAGGACACUGUUGAGUCCUUCAUAGGACACCGUUGAGUCAUUCAUA